CUUUAUUAGAACAGAUACACAUACAUUCAUGGAUUUCAAGAACGUAGUAUCUGCUACCAAAUCCGUGUCUUGCUCAUCUUUCUUUUUGUUCCUCUUCACAUUUUAUUUAAGCACAUUUCUGGCUCAAGCAGCAAGAAAUCCUCCUCCUCCAAAAGAGAUUUACCAUGUUGUUAACUUGUCUUCACUGCAGCCAAAGCCUUACUGCGAAUCCCAUAGAACAGGUUCAGAAUUGGGAUCUGGAAAGAUAAGAAUGGCAUCUAGAAAUGGACCUUGCUCGCCACACAACGCUGCUGCUAAGAAAAUGUCCUCUUAUGAGUCACUUUUUACUGAAAAAGCCAAUAGUGAUGGUUCUUCUGCUGGUUACAUGGAAUACUUUGUGACGAUUGAACUGGGUACACCCCAAGCAGAGUUCAAUAUGCUGGUGGACACCGGCAGUGACAACACUUGGGUUGGUUGUAAACCCUGUAGCACAGGCUGUGGUCCUAAAGAUCAUCUCUUCGAUCCAUCCAAAUCAUCAACAUAUGUCAAUGGUUCAUGCAGGCCGUCUACUGACGGAGAUAAUGAUCAAUUUUACGUCACUUACGGCGAUAAGUCAAAAUCUAAAGGAUACUGGGGGUGUGAUACACUCACAACCGAUCAAUCUUAUUAUGCCGUCAAGAAUUUCCAGUUCGGUUGCGGCCAAGAAAUCCAAAACGAUGAUAAUUCUGGAGAUUAUGACGGGAUCCUUGGCCUCGGACGAGGGGAUCUGUCUCUGCCAUCCCAAGGAGGUACCAACUUCCAAAAGUUCAGCUAUUGUCUCCCAAUGCGUAAUAGCAAACAAGGGUAUUUGGUUUUUGGGAAUGAAGCUGAAGCAAAGUCUUCCUCCUCCAAACCACAAUUCACGCCUUUGCUCCCUCCACCGGAGAACCUACCCGGGAAUUAUAUAAAGAAAUCAUACUAUUUUGUAGAGCUUAUAGGGAUGAGUGUUGCUGGGAAGCGGUUGGAUGUUGCUCCUUCAGUUUUCAACUCUCCAGGAACCAUUAUAGACAGUGGAACUAGUAUCACUCUGUUGCCCAAGGAGGCUUACUCUGCAUUAACCACAGCUUUCAAUCAAUCAAUGGCAUCCAAAUAUCCUGCUGCAGCAUCUAAUAAGAAUAUAAAACACUUAGGCACAUGCUAUAAUGUGGAGGAUACUAGUAACGUUAUCGUUCCAGCCAUAACAUUUCACUUCAAAGGGAUGUCGGCUAAAGGGGAAAUUGAUGUUGAGUUGAGGCAGUCUGGGAUUGUCCUCGUCCCGCCGUCUAUGCCAAACCUGGUUUGUUUGGGAUUCGCUCAACAAAAGGAUGGCCUCGCCAUUAUUGGCAACCAUCAGCAGCGACAAAUGGCCAUGUCUUUCGAUUUGCAGGGGGAUAGCCUUGGUUUUGGAACCAAUAACUGCGAUGAAUGAAUGAAUCAGAAACAAAUCAUCAUGGAUGUUUUCCCUGGCCUGGCCUGGUAAUAUUAUGGCUGCGCUGUUGAGUUCAAUCUGUCUUCAAUUUUGUUGUGUGCUGUGUUACAAUACUACGUUGUGCUUGUUUUCAGUGUACUACUAGAUGAGUACUAGUUGUUUCAAGAAACAUUGCUCCAGAGUCUAGAUCGAGAUGCAUGAUGUUAUGGUUGUAUGGUUGAUCCAUUUUAUUACUCUGUAACUUUUAUAUAAAUAAUACUCCCUCUGUCCCAUUUUA